AUGAAUCACAUAAUAAGUUAUUUUGUUUUAUAUUCAACUUUAUCAAUAUUAAACCUAGUAAGUGCCGAUACGUUUAGUGUGAAGAUAGGAACUGAUCAACAUGUGAACGUUGUUGAUAGAAGAUUUCUAAGUUUCACUGUAGAUCCUAAGUUUUUAUUUUCAAGUGCUGAUAAAUAUAAUAGCAAGGAAUAUCUUUGUAUGGCCACCUCGUUGACACCAGCAUAUCUGCGUAUCGCUGGACCAUCUACCGCUCACAUGAGCUUCCGCAACAGCAGCAUAUCCAUCGAUGACCUCAACCCAGACGACCUUGACAUGGAUCGCGAUCUUGAGCACCAUAAGGACGUUCUGGAUAAAUUGCUACGAAGGCGUAAUGCUACUUUGAAACGUCAGGUUCAAGAAAAAUUAACAGUAUCAAGUAAUCAAUGGGAGCAGUUUGCUAAAUGGGCUAAGACAACUGGAUUCGAAUUGGUGUUUGCCCUGAACAACAAUGUGAAGACGCGGAUGGGUAUGUGGGAUCCCAACACUGCGCUCGACAUACUUACUAUAGCUGAGAAGACCAAUAUUGGAAAAAUGUACUGGCAACUAGGCUAUGAAUGCAACAAUCAAUCAAUUGAAGAAUACCUCAACGACUUAGAGACACUGCGUUUGAUUGUCGAGACUUUUAUUCCUGGAUCAGAAAAUAAGUGGAAGGUUGUCGGCGGCGAUGUCACCAAUUGUCUUCAGGCUGAAUCCAAGAGUGAUUUUAAGGAUUUCGUCACGCUCUCUGUUGAAAUGUUGGAUGCUGUGCUACUUAAUGGUAACUCAUCAUCUCGUGAACUUGAACGUAUGUCCGACUAUGACCGUCUAAAGCUAUUAAAGUUGCUGAGUGAGAGUGACACACCGCUUUGGCUUACUGAGACUACGCGAAAGCAAUACAACGAGUUAGAGAGAGCUGCAAAUUGGAUGGCCAGCCUCGGUUACUCAGCAAGGAAUGGUUUCUCAGUGCAUUAUAGGGAACUGUUGAAAGAAGAGUUGUUUGAGCCGACAUUGAGUUUCUACAUGGCACUUUUAUUCAAAAAUCUCGUUGGUGAGCGAGUGCUAGACGUGGAAUCCUCUCAAGCCGUAAUCUUUGCACACUGUACAUCGCUUCGUCACAAGCAGGUGCCAGGAGCGGUAACCCUGUUCGCAGCAAAUAUGGAAGAUGAAUCUGCAAGAUUCUCGGUCAAACUGUCAAAGAGGGAGGAGGGUGGAGAUAUAAUGCAGUUCAUACUUGGACAUGAUAACAGCGGGAAUAUUGUGGUUAAUGGGCGUGCGAUGUUCUACGAGGGAGAUAUUAAACCUAUAAUCAAACGCGUAAGACCUUAUAAGACAUUACUGAUUAAUUUACCUUCAAAAUCUUUUGGUUUUUGGGUACUAGCUAAUACUAAAGUUGAUGCUUGCUAUGAUGUAGUGAAGAAUUCAAAUCAAACACAAUUAGUAGAAGCCUUGGAUGUAUCAGAUGUUAACAAAAAUACACAUAAAGUAAAAAAGCGUUCAAUAGAUAUUGAUGAUUUCGAUUAUUUAAACAUUGCUGAAAUGUCGGAAGAUUUUGCUGAUAAUGACGAAAUAGAAAACCUACUCAAUAUUGAAAAUGAAGAUAUCAAGAAUAGAAUUGAAGAUUUGAAUAUGGAAUUAAAGAAAGUUCAUAAGUUAUUUGAAAAUAAUGAAAAGAAUGGAAUCAAUAAAAAUUUACGGAAAAAACGCCAGACUGACCUAGAAGAAAAUGAAGGAAAAUAUAGAAAAAUUAAAAAGCAUAUAAUGAAGCCUAAACAUCAUAUUAAAAAAAUGUUGGAUGAUUUUAAAAACAAAGGCUUUAUUGGUAAUAUUUUACCAUUAAAUGGAAAACGACAUUUUAAAAAUAAUAGAUUCGAGAAACAAAGACGGAAGGAGGGAACUGGGAAAAUAGUGAAAAAUAAAGAAAUCAAUGAAAACUCACAAAAUGUAGGUUAUGAAACAGUGUCAACUAUAGGACAAGUAGAAAAUAACAAAGAAAUACUAUCCAGGUAUAGAAGAAAUGCUGUUUUUGAAGAAAAAAGCAAAUUUAAAUUGAAAGAUGGAGAAAAAGAGAAUGUUAAUGAAAUAGAGACAGACGCUGAUAACACUAAACUUUGGAAAGUUUUACAUAAAAUGCAGAAACAAUUAAGCGAAUUACAGUCACAGAAUGAAAAUCAACACCACGCUGAAUAUGAAGAUGAUAAAUCAAAAGAAAAUGGACAGAUUCUCGUAAAAACGAAAGUGUUUGAUGACGGAGCCACAAUUAAUUUAAGCGAACAUCCAAAUCAUGGACUAAUAAAAUCGACUGUUGAAAAUAUGUUCUCUGUUUUAGGAGAAUUAAAUACAAACUUGAAUAGAUUUUGGAGUGCUUUAACAUUAUUAGAAUAAUGAGUCUAUAAAGUGGGCGCUAGUAAAUUAAUUUUAUACCUUUAUAAUUAGUAUUAGUUUUUUUUUAUAAAAAAUAAAUUACUAAGCGAUAAUUGUGUUUGUUGUUUUUUUUAAUGACAGAUUUUAAAUAAGAAAGAUUGUCAAUAAUUUCAUUUCUUUGCAUUAUUUGAGGACCCCUUCAUUUAUAAAUCGAUUCGAAAAAUUCUUGUUUUAUUUGAAGGGGUAUACGUUCAAAUUGGUCUUGAGAAAUUUCAUCAAAUUUGCUUCAACAAUUUGGUUUUUAAAGGAAAAUUGUUACCUUGGUUGGUUGGUUUAAUUGUGGUUGGCUGGUUCUCAACCGACUUCAAAAAGAUUGAGGCUUUCAGUUCGGUUAUAUAUUUCUUGUUUAUUAAUUCAAUACUCCGUCAUAUAUAAACUGAUUUGAAAAAUCCAUUUUCAUCUGAAUGCAUAUACUUAUAGGUUAGUUACGUAAAAUUUUAUAAAAUCGGUUUAGUAGUUCGAUUUUAUAAUCAAAA